AACUUUUACAAUUACCUUUUCUAAGUUUUCCACUCCCCCGACACACUCAAGCCAACUAAAGCUACGUGCAGUUAGACAUGUAUCUGCUCUCGCGCUGUGGAUAAAAAGGAGCACGGAGUGGUUUAACGGUUACAAAGGCGUGACUGAAUAUGGCUAAUGUUUAUGUGUGCGUGCUUCUGUGCGCCGCUGUGCUCGUGCCCGCGGUUCGAUGUCAGUAUGAGCACUACAGUGCGGAGAAUUUCCCGCAAGCGGAUCUGAUGCCGCUGGACUCGGCGUACGGUUUCGCGCUGGAGCGGUACGGCGCGCGGGAGUGGGUGGAGAGCGCGCGGUACUUGGAACUUAGCCUGCGCCUCCAUCGAUUACUGAAGGAGAGCGAGGCGCACUGUAGCCGCGCGUGCACCCGGGACAACCUGCACGACACCGACAUGGAUACAAGCCUGCAAAUCUUCAGACACAUCCUCACGCAUGCGGCGUGCGUGAAAAAGUGUAAAUCGGAAAUGCCUGUAUUUUCUAAACAAUACCCGAACCCCGAAACUCUGGAGGCCUUUAGCACGAGGACGCCGUACCGGUAUUUACAAUUCGCUUAUUAUCAGAUGAAUAAUCUGGAGAAAGCUAUAUCAGCAGCACACACUUAUCUCCAGCGUAACCCAGGGGACCCGCUAAUCUCCAAGAACAUGAACUUUUACAAAAGUCUGUUUGAUAUUGAAGAGUAUUUAAUGGACCAGGAGGAGAAAAAACAUGAGACACUCUUCCUGAAGGCAGUGCUGCUAUAUAAUGCAGGGGACUUCAGCAGGUCGGUGAGCAUGAUGGAGGAAGUGUGUGUGGAGUAUUUACGUGUAUAUGAUGAGUGUGUUUCAGCAUGUGAGGGAUCAUAUGAGGUGCAGGAGGUCAAAGACUUUUACCAUACACUCGCAGGGUUCUUUAUGGAGGUGAUGAGGUGUAAGAUGAGGUGUGAAGAGAAUUUAACUCCCAAUGUUGGUGGAUUUUUUGUGGAAAAAUUUGUUGCCACCAUUUACCACUACAUGCAGUUUGCAUAUUAUAAAUUGAAUGAUGUCAUUAAGGCUGCUCCGUGUGCACUUAGUUAUCUGCUCUUUGAUCCUGAUGAUCAGGUGAUGCAGCAAAAUGUUGCAUAUUACAAAUUUCACAGAAACCAGUGGAGUCUGAGUGAGGAGGAGUUUAAACCCCGCCCUGAAGCUCUUCGUUACUUUAAUCAGACAAUGAAGCAAAAAGAAUUGUUGAAAUUUGCACGCAACUAUUUACAAACAGAUGACGAGGAUGUUGUGAGUCCAGAGGAAUCUCCUGCUCUUUCUUCUCCUGAUGAAGAGUUUGAUGGAGUUGGUGAUUAUGAAGAGUCGUUCCUUGCUGAGUGGUGGCAGGAACCCAAAACUAAAGGAGACACUGGAGAAGCAGAAUGAAACACGCAUACAAUGGACUACAUCAGUUGUGUGUGUGUGCACGUGUAAUGAUGAACUACACUGACUGCUGAAGGCAGGAAGUAUUCCUUCUUCUCCUGUGAAAACACACAUACGCACACACACAUGGCUGAAGAUCUGUUAGGACUGGCAGAGAGCAAUUGGUGACCCGUUGAUGAUUUUGUUGUUAUUGUUAUUUAACUCUGCUGCAGGAUUAUUGUGAUACAUAAAUAAAUAACACAUAAAUAGGU